GUGAUAAACGUCGUCACAGACGGCUCGUCAUGCCGCGACUACAUGGCAUUCAAUCAGGCCUCAGCAGAAAUAGAACGCUUCGGAUUGACCGACAUGGCGGAAGAAAUUUUGUUUCGGUACUUCUGUGGAGAACUAGACUCCUCCUGUUACAAGGAGCUCGUGGCAGCGUUCGUCCACAAGUUCAAGCAGCAGCAUCCGACGAAUCUCUCUGAAUUCGUGCGCGCGUUCGCGAAACGCAAAACCUUGAACCUGGAAUUGAAGACUCCCACUCUGGCUGUUUAUGGUGGUGCUUCACCAAACGCGAACCAAACGAGACGCAACCUCGCCCGCUUCCCAUGCGUCAGACCCUUCCAGAUUGCCAAUUGCACACUACCCCUCGCUGAAGCACCACACCAGGUAGCCAUGGAGAUGACGAAUUUCCUCAAGAAUAUAAGCGGUACAUGAAUCAUCCGAAGUGAGACUCAUUCAUCUUGCAAGUUUUUGAACUGACGGCUCGCUCGUCAUCGUACCUACCUAGUCGUUUUCGUUCUGUAGCUAUGGACUCAUGUGAA